GGCUGUGCUCCACCACCACCACCACAACCACCGCCAGGUAGGCUGCGCCGAACAGCGGCAGGUAUUUUGUCCCCCGUCCGUCACGGCUGACGGAUGCCCGGAUUGGCUUGCCCCGGCCCGGCGGGGUGUCCAGGCUCCUCCUCUCAAUCACAGUCCUGCCCGUGCUGCCUUGUUGCAGUGUGCGCGCAGCGUUUGUGCGCUUUCAGGUUAGGAAGUUGUGGACAGGAGGAGAUCGGAGGCAUCCAGGCGCUCGGGCAAUCAGAAAAAAGUAGACGCCGACUUCUUUCUUCUGUUUGAGCUGUGGAAUACCUGCUUGUGAGGCAUCGGAGGACGGCGCUGGAACCAAUUUGUGGCGUUUAAUUGAGAGACCAAGCAUACCUAACAGUAUGCGGUGCAGUUAUGGCAGGCAAUGGUAAGACAGUCGUGAGGACGCUGGAGGAUUUAACGCUUGAUUCUGGUUAUGGUGGAGCCGCGGACUCGGUCAGGUCGUCCAGCGUGUCGCUGUGCUGCUCCGACACGCAUCAGUCCGUCUCGCAUGGGGGUAACUGCUGGCAUCUGACGGAAUCCAUGCACAGCAGACAGAACAGUUUGGACACAGUCAACACCGUCCUGGCGGAGGACACGGAGAUACUGGAGUGCUCGGGCCAGUGCGCCAAGCUGCCCGAGCUGGAGGACGUGCCAUGGAGCCUCGGCGAGGUGGAGGGCGCACUGAGGAAAGACGAGGAGCUGAUGGUGGGGAAUCCUCCACCCGAGGUGCUGGCGCGGCUCUCGGCUCUCGUCAGCCGCGCGCUGGUGAGGAUCGCCAGGGAGGCGCAGCGGCUCAGCCUGCGCUACGCCAAGUGCACCAAGCACGAGGUCCAGAGCGCCAUCAAGGUGGUGCUCUCGUGGACCAUCUCCGUGAACUGCAUCACGGCGUCCCUGAGCGCCAUGUCGCUCUACAACAUGAGCUCCGUCUGCAAGUUCAGCCGCGGGAAGUCCGCGCGCUGCGGGCUGGUCUUCUCCGUGGGAAAGUUCUUCAGGUGGAUGGUGGAUAGCCGGGUGGCCCUCAGGAUCCACGAACACGCUGCCAUAUAUCUCGCCGCCUGCAUGGAGAGCCUGUUCAGAGAGGUGUUCAGCCGCGUCCUGCGCAGCGCGCUGGUGGAGAGGGACAACGGGGUCCCCAAGUUUACGCUGGAGUCACUGGAGCAAGCCAUCAGCAACGACUCGGAGAUCUGGGGUCUGCUGCAGCCCUACCAGCACCUCAUAUGUGGCAAGAAUUCAAGCGGUGUCCUGAGCCUGCCGGAGAGUUUGAACCUGCACCAGGACCAGCAGCGCUCGGGGAGGGGCACCGAGGGCCACGGCUACUCCCAGGCUGAGCUGCGUACGCUGGAGCAGUCGCUGCUCGCAACCCGGGUGGGCAGCAUCGCGGAGCUGAGUGAUCUGGUGGCCCGGGCCAUGCACCACCUGCAGCCGCUGCACAUCAAGAACCCCAGCAACGGGACUCCGGUGCACCAGAAGACCAACACCACGGUGCACUGGGAGCCGGAGGCCCUCUACACCCUGUGUUACUUCAUGCACUGCCCGCAGAUGGAGUGGGAGAACCCCAACGUUGAGCCCUCGAAAGUCACCUUACAGACGGAGAGGCCGUUCUUGGUGCUGCCACCGCUGAUGGAGUGGAUCCGGGUGGCGGUAGCCCACACUGAACAUCGACGAAGUUUCUCUGUGGACAGCGAUGACGUGAGGCAGGCGGCCAGGCUGCUGCUGCCCGGCGUGGACUGUGAGCCACGACAAAUAAAAGCGGAGGAUUGUUUCUGUGCCACCAGGAAGCUGGACGCCGCCUCCACGGAGGCCAAGUUUCUGCAGGAUCUGGGCUUCAGGAUGCUCAACUGCGGACGGACGGACCUGGUCAAGCAGGCCGUGAACCUGCUGGGCCCUGAUGGCAUAAACAGCAUGAGCGAGCAGGGAAUGACCCCUCUCAUGUACGCCUGCGUCCGUGGCGACGAGGCCAUGGUCCAGAUGCUGCUCGACGCCGGAGCCGACAUCAACAGCGAGGUGCCAAGCACAGUAAACAAGCACCCCUCAGUUUAUCCUGAAACUCGCCAGGGGACGCCUCUCACUUUCGCCGUGUUACACGGACACGUCCCUGUCGUCCAGUUGCUGCUGGACAACAGAGCGAACGUGGAGGGCGCCCUGCAGGACGGGACCGAGAACUACGCGGAGACGCCGCUUCAGCUGGCCGCCGCCGCAGGUAACUUUGAGCUGGUGAAUUUGCUUUUGGAAAGAGGAGCCGACCCCAUGAUUGGGACCAUGUGUCGAAACGGCAUCUCCUCCGCCCCGCUGGGAGACAUGAACUCAUACAGCCUGGCAGCAGCGCAUGGCCACAGGAAUGUAUUUAGGAGGCUCCUGUCCCAGUCGGAGAAAGACAAGGGAGAUGUUCUGUCCCUGGAGGAGAUUUUGGCCGAGGGUUCGGAGCCCGGCGAGAAGAGGUUGGCUCCCCAGGCCAACGGCGGCGGGACGCUGCGAACAGGAAAGGCCAAACUGAGAGCCCUGAGAGAGGCCAUGUACCAUAGCGCAGAGCACGGCCAUGUGGACAUCACCAUAGACAUCCGCAGCUUAGGCGUUCACUGGACGCUGCACACCUGGCUCGAGUCCCUGCGCACCUGCUUCAUCCAGCACCGCCGGCCGCUCAUCCAGGGCCUGCUAAAAGACUUCUGCAGCAUCCAGGAGGACGAGUACACGGAGGAGCUCAUCACGCACGGCCUGCCGCUCAUGUUCCAGAUCCUCAGAUCCAGCAAGAACGAGGUGAUAAGCCAGCAGCUGUCUGUCAUUUUCACGCAGUGCUACGGGCCCUUUCCCAUCCCCAAGCUGACGGAGAUCAAGAGGAAACAGUCCUCACGCUUAGACCCACACUUCCUGAACAACAAGGAGAUGUCUGAUGUUACUUUCCUGGUGGAGGGGAAACCGUUUUAUGCACAUAAAGUUUUGCUGUUUACAGCUUCACCCAGGUUCAAGUCGCUGCUCCAGAACCGACCAGCAGCUGAAAACACCUGCAUUGAGAUCAGCCACGUCAAGUACAAUAUUUUCCACUUGGUCAUGCAGUAUCUGUACUGUGGAGGCACCGAGUCCCUGCACAUACGCAACACCGAGGUAAUGGAGCUCCUGUCUGCAGCCAAAUUCUUCCAGCUAGAGGCCCUUCAGAGACACUGUGAGAUCAUCUGCUCCAAGAACAUCACCACCGAAACAUGCGUGGACCUCUACAAACACGCCAAGUUCCUCGGUGCCACGGAGCUCACCGCUUUCAUCGAAGGCUAUUUCCUGAAGAACAUGGUGCUGCUGAUUGAACUCGACGGCUUCAAGCAGCUUCUGUACGAACCCCCUCCCGCCGAGAGCCCUGCGUCCAGCCCCGGCAUCUGCUCCGACAUCCUCCACGACCUGGAGAAGACUCUGGCCGCUCGCAUCCACUCCAUCCACCUCUCCGCCUCCAAGGGCUCCGUGGUGUGACGCCGCCCUUUUUUCUUUUUCUUUUUUUUUGUUUUUCCUCCAGCCACAGCCUCCAUGUAACACCACUUUUUAGCAUCCACUGUCCCAAUCAUGUCCCACCCCCCCACACCCCUCCCUGGUUCUGAAGAGGAGCUGCUGGAUGUUUUUAUGUCAGGAAUUCCCUUUAAUUCUGCAGCUCCUUGAAGGGUUAAUGUUGGCAAAUGUGACAAAACUCAGAGUCUGUCCACUGUUCACCCUCCAUCCAGUACCAGUAGAAGAAAGGACAGAACUGCCAUGGCCCCGACAGCAUCACUUAGACCUAACCGUGAUUAUUAAAACUUUCUAUCGUAUUUCAUAUAAGAUACAUGCAUGGAAUACAUACUGUACACUUUUUUCACUUGAACGGAAACGGUAGAGUAGAAUUUUAACUCGAUAAAUGCAGCUUUCAUCACUGUCUCUGAAAACGCCGUUUUACAAAUAACGACACUUUACGGAAGUGGAUGCCAUUGCAGCGUUAAAGUUUGACACAUGCCAAAACUAUGAAUAUAAUCCUGCUAUACAACGAAUAAAAGUCGCUAGUAGCAAAGCCAGCAGGCGGACUUUUAGGCGGACUUAUUUAGGUUUUUCAUUCCUCGUUGGAUACGUUUCACUGUGUUAUAUAUCUACUGUGUGCAGAGGCCAAACUGAUCACAGCAGCUUCCACCGUGGCCGACGCCGCAGCAGCUGAUUCGACUAGAGACGGCCCACUCAGUGAAAUCUAUGCUGACCUACGCUUGAAACAUGGAUGUCCAACUGGGAAAUUAACUUGUGAUAACUCCACUGAUGCUUUUUCGUUUUUGUUUUUUUUCUUUUUUUGCAUGACACCUCCUCAACUGAGCUGCCCUGGUAUUGCUUUUUUUUAUGCAAAGCUUAGUUCACAGACCGAUUUUUCGCAAGGAGAUGUGUGUGAGAGAGAAAACGCUGCUUAUUAACUUUCUAUCCACCGAAAAGAAAA